UAAGUUGAGUCGUGUUCGUGUUUUUUGGGUCACAGAAACAGAUCUGGCGCGCUCAAGCAAGCAUUUGACAGAUCCAUAGCUUUACUUCUUCUUCUUCUUCUUCCUCUACUCUCAACUUAGGGUUCCAACCUCCAUUUCUUUGAAGCUCCGACUGAGAUUAAUUUCCAUGUCUUCUCUUUCUAACCACCUCUUCUUCUCCUUCUCUCUCCUACUAUGCAUCUCCUCCUCCUGCAUUCACGCCUCAGUCCACCACUAUUCUGCUGAUGUUUUCGUCAACAAGGGCAAUGCCUUCGUUGUCCAUGGCGGCAGCGAGGGAAUUCGCUCCUCUCACGCUAACCGCAACCACCCAGACGCGGAUUCUUCUAAUAAUGGCGAAUCCUACAUUCGCUUCGAAAAGAUUACAUUUCGGAGGCCCGAGGAGUUCUCCAACUUCAGCUCGGGACCAUUGCAUGCAAUUGUCUUUGAGGUGGAAGAUAGAGAGAUGGUUGGAGGCUCGGCAUAUGGUGGCCAAAGGGCAAUCUGUUGUACUGUAGAUCUUGCUAAGCUAGGUGUUUGCUCAGAAGGAGAAGUUAUUUACCGCCCGUCCUCAAAGAAUCCUGGCUGGCCUCAAGUUUAUGGGGUCUCCUUCAACGCAGAUGAGCAAGUUGCAACCCUGGCGACAAAAUCAAUUCAGAUUACUAAAACUGGCAUGUACAACUUGUAUUUCAUCCAUUGUGAUCCAAAGCUUAAAAAUGUGGUUGUCGAAGGGAAAACCAUAUGGAAAAAUCCUUCUGGAUAUCUACCGGGUAGAAUGGCACCUCUGAUGAAGUUUUAUUUGUAUAUGUCUUUUGCUUAUGUGUUGCUUGGAAUCUUUUGGUUCUCACAGUAUGCAAGGUUCUGGAAAGAAGUUUUUCCAUUGCAGAACUGCAUUACGGUUGUCAUAACAUUGGGGAUGUUUGAGAUGGCUCUGUGGUAUUUUGAGUAUGCUGAAUUCAACCAGACAGGGAUUAGACCAACAGGGAUUACCAUGUGGGCUGUCACCUUUGGAGUUGUUAAGCGUACAAUUGCACGUCUGAUACUUUUGAUGGUUUCAAUGGGUUAUGGUGUUGUAAGACCUACUCUAGGUGGACUGACAUCAAAGGUGCUGAUGCUUGGAUUAACCUUCUUUCUGGCAUCUGAAGUUCUUGAAUUAGUGGAGAAUGUGGGUGCAGUAAGUGAUCUUUCAGGAAAAGCUAGACUGUUCUUGGUUCUACCUGUGGCAAUCUUGGAUGCUUUCUUCAUUCUUUGGAUAUUUACCUCCCUAUCUGCAACUUUAAGCAAGCUUCAGGCUAGAAGGUUGACAUCUAAAUUGGACAUUUAUAGAAAAUUCACAAAUGCAUUGGCGGUAACUGUCAUUGUAUCCGUGGGUUGGAUAUGCUACGAGCUGUAUUUCAAGUCAAAUGAUAUUUACAAUGAGCAGUGGCAAGAUGCAUGGAUUAUUCCUGCCUUCUGGCAAAUCUUAUCAUUUUCUCUACUGUGUGUCAUCUGUGCUCUCUGGGCGCCCUCUCAAAACUCGAUGAGGUAUGCAUACUCCGAAGACGCACAUGAAGAGUUCGACAAGGAUGACACAAAUCUAACGCUCAUAAGACCAUCUCCAAUAUCCUCACCUUCAAAGGACGUCCGGAGUGUACCAGACAUUAAACCGCUGCGUGGAAACGACAACCCAACUGGCGAUCUAGAAGAAGAUAAAACAGAGUAAAAUUGAAAUCACAGGUCCUUCUUUUUGGUACCAUAGUAGCCAUAAGUUUAUUUUACUUUGGUUAGAGAUCUAUAAUAUUUCUGGGAAAACUCUGGUAGUCUAUAAAUUCCAGUAGCGAAAAUGCUUUUCAUUU